UUUCAUUUUAUAGACGUAAAAACAUUUAAGAAACAUUUUCCAAAAUAUCUCCUUCUGUAUUGCACAGAAGAAAGCAGGUUCAAGUUAAAGACCCUCCCACUUUGAUCAGCUAUAAAGUGAGCACUGAGAGAGGCACAUUAUUUCACUCACCUCCUGAUCAAGAUGGAUUUACAAAUCUCUGUUUUUCUUCUGUUCAUUCUUUUCACUGCAGGACAGUCUCUCAGCUGUUAUGAGUGCUCAGGUCUGAAGGCUUCUUGUGCGAAUCAAAAAGUAAAAACAUGUCCCAGGGGAUUUUCCAAGUGUAUGAGUACAACAGCAGUAACACAAGUUGAUGACAUCGGUACUAAACAGAAGGGUAAAGACUGUGCUGCUGACUGUGCAAGUGGAUCCAUGAACCUCGGCAUUAUAAAGAGGUCUUCAGUGUGCUGUAACACAGACCAGUGUAACGUCCAAGACGCUCCAGAUCCCAGAACUGACUCCAAUGGAAAGAAAUGUUACUUUUGUAAUGGGAAGAACUGCUCAAACACAGUGAGCUGUUCAGGGGGUGAAGACCACUGCAUUACAGCAGCAGCGAGUUACGGAGAGCAGUCACUGGUUGUAAAAGGCUGUGUCUCUAAAUCCAUUUCUGAUAGCACAACAUCUGUUGAUGAUGUUCAGAAGAUCUCAUGCUGUUCAGGGAAUCUGUGUAACGGUGUUCAGAGCGUCUCUCAGAGCUUCCUGUUCCUCUGCUGUUCUCUGCUCUCCUUCAUCCUGCUGCACUGAAUCCAGCAGAUCUUCACAUCUACAAUCACACACACUGCACUGAAUAUAGAGCUUGUGCUUUCUCUGUACUGUGGUGUUCUAAUGCGAUUGUUUGCUGUGACAUUCUGAUGUGACAUUUGUGUAAUAUUAAGUCACCUUUUUCCUUUUCAUAUAUAAUAAAUAAGGUCAUGCUGUAAGGACAAUGUGACUAAAGGCCUACUUUUAGUUUGUACUAUUUUCUGCUUAUUUAAAAAAAUAAAGUAAUGCAUUUUUAUUCAAUAAAUAUACUGUCAUUAAUAUAUGUGACUCUGGACCAUCAACCCACCAGUCAUAAGGUUGAGAUUUAUACAUCAAAUUUGCAUUGAUGUAUGGUUUAUUAGGAUUGGAA